CUGGUGGUGUAAGAAGCUGGGGGCGCGGAGAAUUUGGAUACUUCUAAGACAACAAUUACCAUGAAGUCGGUAUGCCUCCUCAUUUUGGCUUCUCUCGCGAUCUGCAACUUCACGGUGUCCGAUGCGCAGAGCAUCUCUGCAGAAGAUGAGACGGACCGAACCACCACAACUGACGACAUCAUCCUGAGGAGAGCAGAAAGUCUACUCCUAAGAUCCCUUCUCAAAAAGAUGCAGGAUGAAGACGACAUUAAUGAUGGGGUUUACGCACAACAGGAUUGGAUGGCAAAACGACAGCAUCCAGGUAAAAGAUACAGGGAGGACCUGGAGAAGCGGCAGCAUCCGGGCAGAAGAGAGGAAGACGAGGACGAGGAGUACUUGAACGCGCAGAAAAGACAGCACCCAGGCAAGCGCGAAGAUGAAAUCCAGUCUAGCAUGGGACUCCAAAAAAGACAGCAUCCGGGAAAGCGCUUCUUGACGGGACACAUUUCUGACAACCCCAUCAUUAUGCUUGGUGAACUUUCCAAACGCCAACACCCUGGAAAGCGUUACCUGGUGCUGCAGAGUAAGCGCCAGCAUCCAGGUAAACGCUACCAAGAUGAUGAGGACAGCGAUGGAGACUGGGAAGCAGCUGAGGAGGUUGACCUACCUGAGUUGGAAAAGCGUCAGCAUCCCGGAAAACGAUUUUGGGAUAACUCCAAUCCAGAAUUGGGCAACCCGUGUGAUGCGUUGGAACCUGAUAAUUGCAGUAAAACAAAUUUGCUGCUCGAUUUUUUAGACAACAUUAAGGAGGUUCAUGAGGAGGAGAAGAGACAGCACCCGGGUAAAAGGUUUGCACUGAAAGAGAAUGAGGAGGAUGCAGUGGAUAGCGAAUAGUGUAUGCUGUUAAGGUCUGCGC